AUGAAUGAUACCUUAUGCAGUGUUUUAUUUAAUAGAGUGUUGUUCAAAUCAAUUGUAAUAAGGGAAAAGAUAUUUAAAUAUAUAUAUUAUAUAAAUACGAUAUUGAAUUAUCAAAAGGAAAAGUUAAUUAGAUGUGAGCAUGAACACAAACUAGAUUCAUUGGUUUAUUAUGAUUUUAGAAAGUUUUAUUUAAAAUCACUGUUGACAGCUUCGAGUGUUGGUAAUUUGGAGUUGAUUCGAUUUGUUACAGAACAUCAGGAAAUCACCAACGAUGAAAUAGAUUAUCAAUCGAUAUUGGAUGUUGCAGUGGAGUAUGGACAGUUAUCGAUUGUCAAGUUUAUCAAUGAACUACCUCGUAGCGAUAAGUACUACUUUAAGAGUGUAAUAGAUAAAAUAUGCAGAGGUAAACAUCCACAUCUCUACAUGGAGAUGUUACAAUGGUUCAAAGACAAUCGGACAGAACAGUGUACUCGUAAAUCAUUGGAAGAUGCGACACGCAAAGGAGAGUUGGAGGUUGUCAUGUGGUUGGUCGAAAACUAUAGCCAUUGUCUAAGUAAUUUACAUAGAAGAAACAUCGUGACAUUUGCUGCGCAAAGUGGGAAUCUACAGCUUGUGAAAUGGUUGGUAGAAAAAGAUAUUGGUGAUGGUAGUGUGUCGGCAAUUGAUUCUGCCUCUCAAAAAGGAAAUCUUGAAAUCAUAAAGUAUCUAGAUGGUGUUCAGAGAGCUGCUGAUGAUACUACUAGUGGUGAUGACCAACGAAACUACAGUACUGCAAUGUAUGUGGCGAUGGCAGAAGGACACUUUGAAAUAGUACGCUGGUUCAAUGAAAAUCGAUCGGCAGCUGUAAGAUAUCAAUAUCGGGUUGUAAUGGAGGAAGCUUGUAGAAUUGGUAGUUUGGAGAUGGUCCAAUUUAUCUAUAGAGAAUAUGAGAAGGCGGUGGUGGAAUGCGGACAGGCCGAGAUACAACCAUUUUCAGACAAAAUAAUGCAUUUUGCAGCAAUCUAUGGAUUUAAGGAUGUAGUGGAAUUCCUCAUGGAGUUGGAACAGCAAAAUAAAAUUGUAAAACAAUUUGUGUAUAUGGAUACUGUUUCGGCAAUGGCAAAGUUUGAAAUAUUUAAAUACCUCUUUUCCAAAGGCAUCGUUUAUAAACUAUCGAAUAAGUCAUUCGAUGACUUUGCAAGGUAUCGAGAUAGCACUGCACUUGAGUGGUUCAAGCGGAAUACAAAGUUGGAGUGUUCGUCACAUGCCUAUUUCAAUGCCAUACAAUUUGGAAAUCUAGAGAAUGUGAUAUGGAUCCACGAGAAUACAACGCAUUCUCUCGAGUCAAAACACAUGGAUGAUGCAGCAACUAGAGGUUAUCUUGAUAUCCUAUGCUAUCUUCAUGACAAUGGUGUUCAGUGUUCUACCAAUGCAAUAGAUUAUGCCUAUGAUGUAUCGAUAGUAAAAUGGCUAUACAACAACAGAACUGAACGAUGUACCAAACGAGGCAUUGAUCAUUCAAUUACACACCAAAACAUUCCAAAGUUGAAAUUCCUUGAUCAAAACAUAAAAGAUUUCAAAUAUACCCAAUUAUCUAAAGAUAAGAAUAGCAAAUGUAACUAUUUCAUACCAAAACUAAAAUUUAUUAAAGAUCAUUCAUUAUAA